AAGAAUUUUGCUGGGCAUUGCAUUGAAUCUGUAGAUUGCUUUUGGUAAGAUUGUCAUUUUUACUGUUAAUUCUACCUACCCAAGAGCAUGGGAGCUCUUUUCAUUUUCUGGUGUCUUGUUCAAUUUCAGAAAUGAGAAUGCUUAUCCCACACUUGAGUUUAUGAAGAUGGAAACUUCAAGAAAUCAUUGAGUAAUUUCUGCUGAUAGAUUUCUGGGAACCUGAUGUAUAAAACAGAGUUGACAGUAAUGAAGUGCUGUGUGGCUGGCCAGCCAACCACUGGUUCUCAGCCUGAAGCAAUCAACAAUGGGUGUAUUUGACUCUACGGUGGCAUUCAUUGGAUUUCCUGGGAAUUGAAUCUGAAUAUCACAAGCGACAUUUGAAAGAAAUAGCAAGGAAUCCUUGAAAAUGUCCCCAGAAUAGACAAUUUACAUGACAACAUUUUCUUUUGAUUCAAAAUUCUUCAAGCGGCAUUUCAGACGUUCGAGAAGCUGCCCUGUUCCCGACUAGUCAUUUUCCAGGACUCUGACCAAAGCCUUUAGACCGGUGUGACUGGAAGCUGCUUACCCUCUGGUGAUGGUGUUCUUAGGCUCUAUUUCCCAUCUCUGGAGGAUUAAUUAAUACUUGAGAAUUAGAAAAUUAGAGAAGGGGGGGAACCGUGAUCAUGAAAUGAAGCAGGUAGUUAAGCAAAGGAUACGGGAUUUGAGGCAAAAUGGGUAAUUAGGGUUUUGUUUUCUGACCUGCAGGACAAGCUGAUGGGAACACCUUAUCCAUUCAGAGCUUAGUUUAAAAUAUGUGACACUUCUGAUCGAAGUUAUCAAUUGCGUAGUCUUGGUUCUCAAAAUGAGAAUUCCUGAUCCCCGAAAGUUAAUUACGUCCCUAAAGGAAACACCGUAAGGGAAACUGGAACACAUACUCCAACGGUUUUGAAGCAGAGUGAUGAGCAGGGGCAAGGUAAGGCCAUAAACAACUGCAAGUCUUCCCAGCCUCACGGAGCAGCCCCAGAUCUGGCACCGGCAGCUUGCGGGCAGCGGUUUCCACUGCCCACCAGGGGGCAGAGCUGCUCGGCACAGAAGGAAGAGAAACAAGACUGGUUUUCCCAAGAGCCAGAUGCGUGACUAAGCAGAGAAGAAAUCGUCUUGGAAGGAAUGAUGAAAUGUGUAAUCUUUGCGCUCACACUCUAGGUAGCUCAUUGGAGGCCCUGAGUCCCGGACCUGCUGCUCUAGUUUAGGUCUUUCAAAACCUCCCUGAAGGCGAGUGUUGAAAGCUUGCUCAGUCGCCAGCCUGUGACACCACUGGGAAAUGAUGGACCUUUAGGUGAAAGGCAGAUCGUUAGGGUCAUGCUCUUGAGGGCAUCUUCAGAUCCGGCCCUUCCUAUCCUAUGCUUCUUGGAUGCCAUGGGACAAAGCCGCUUGUUUCUGCUGUGCCCACUAUGUUUUCUCUUGCCGCAAGCCCGCUCUAGAGAUCUGCAGCUGUGGGCUAGUACAGACCUUCAUUCUCUAGAACAGCGGGCUCAUUUGGGACACUAUGACAGUGGGUGGAAAGCUAACACGCCGGCCAUCGGUCUAGCUGUGCUGUCACAACUAUUCUUCCUGUUUUCUGCAGCUCUUCGGUCGGUCUGGAGUCCCUGCACGCCAGCUGUCACCGGUAGCGCUAGCCCGUGGCAGGGUCCUAAUACACAGGAGCCACCAUAGCAGAAGUGUUGGGAGCGUUCUGUCAGCUGCCUCAGCCCAGCCACGCCCACCGAGUAAGGACAUUUGGCUUCAAUUUAAUAAGAACCACAUUAGUUACCAACUGAAUUAAGGCUUGGAGGGACAAUGACUCACUCCUCCCAGGGUGUUGAACCUCACGGCAUCCAUGAAGAAGGAAAACUCUAUGUUGUGGAUUCCAUAAAUGACUUGAACAAACUCAAUCUCUGUCCGACAGAAUCGCAACAUCUAUUCCCGUUAGAGCAGAAAAUCUCAAACACUGCUGCGCACCCAGGAAAUGGAAGACGCGGUCUGUUCUUUGUGGGACUGCUCCUGAUGUUGACGGUCAGCCUAGCUCUGGUGUUCUUUGCCAUCUUCCUAAUAAUUCAGACAGGAAACCAGAUGGACGACGUGUCAAGAAGACUGACGGCUGAGGGAAGAGACAUAGACGACCUUAAGAAAAUCAACAGCAUGAUCGUAAAGCGGCUCAACCAACUGGACUCGGAACGGAAUUGAAACGAUUUCCCUCCAAGAGUGGCCACGGAUAGCAGGAGCGUCUCAGCUUGCCCGGAAGUACAUAGGACUGAGAAAGUGCGCUUCUUCAGGCCACAGAUCCCAGAUCCGCUCUGACACCGGCUAGUUCAAGGACGGGGAUCGCUCUGAGUUUAGAGGCGGCAGCCGGAAAGAGGUGAACUGGAUUCAGGCUGAUAUUCUGCUAACCGGUUGCUUCAGCUUUGGUGGGGUUAGGGUGGUGGGUGAGUAGCGUGGAGAGGAAUCAAGAGCGAGAGAACUCAGCCCUUUAGGUGCAACUGCUUAGAGAAAAUGUUUUAGAAGACUUCCAGCGUCCUAGUGAGGUCUAUGAUGCCUCAGGCCCAUGUAUAGAUUCCCGCUUACACCUAAGGCCUCCGCAGAACUGUCCAUGCUGCGGUGAACCAGGCGGUCACUCUUCUAUCCGGGUGACACACUUCCACUACAGCUUUUGAGCACCGUUGUCUGCUGCUCUCCCGACUGUUUCCUGAGCUCUUUGUGAUAACCAUCUGGUUCUAGAGACUCUCCCGUACAUCUGUGGGAAAAGACUAUAAUGUCUAUUUAUGCAUAAUUUAUAAACUCUGUUAAGCUUUGUCAUGAAAAAAAAUCUCUUGGUACUCUGCUGAUGACUUGGAAGAAACUGUUUAGGUGUGUGGUCUUUGCCAGAUUAGAGUAGAGCAUUGUGUAUUUGGGGACAUUCUUGUUUCAGCAUGUUAAGAAUGGUGGUGGCGCUUGCCUUUCAUCAGGAGGCGGAAGCGGAUGGAUCUUUGUGAAUUCGAGGCCAAAGAGUGAGCACAAUAAACUUUGUCCCUUAAAAGUUAA